GAUCCCAAUCAGUGUAUUAUAUGUCAUCGCGUCCUCAGCUGUAAGAGUGCUCUUCAGAUGCACUACAGGACCCAUACCGGGGAGCGACCCUUCAAAUGCAAGAUAUGUGGUCGAGCUUUCACUACAAAAGGCAAUCUCAAGACACAUAUGGGAGUCCAUAGAGUCAAACCUCCGCUCCGUAUUCUCCAUCAGUGCCCGGUUUGUCACAAACAGUUCACCAAUGCUUUGGUAUGUAUUAUAUUUGUUCUUCAGCAACACAUCCGUAUGCAUACGGGAGAGCCGACAGAUAUUCCUCCGGAACACAUAAUGGCAAAUGAGAUCAAAGGGCCGACACUAAUGCCCUCAUUCCAGAGGGCACUCCUGCCGCCGCACUUUGCCGGUCAUCUGCCACCGCCUGCGGGACUCUUUGUGCCCCCAUUUAUGAACGGUUUGACAACCAGUUCUUCAUUACACAUUCCUCUCUCAUCUCCAAUCACUUCUUUAUCCACAAUCAAACCAAAUUCAUCGCCAGUUUUGUCCGCAGAAGUGAAAUCCGAUAAGAAUUCAAGCGAUGAGACGCCUGAAUGUAAGCAGGAGUUGAUCUCUCCGUCGACUAGCAAUCGGUCGAGUCGUGCGUCGACUCCGGACUCAUCCAGAAGUCCAAAACUGGCGCGAAGUCGGUCCCCAUCGCCAUCGCCUAAGCCGUCGGCACUUUCCACUCCACUCGCAAUCCCUCAGCCCGUCAUAGUGUCGGCCUCAACGCCCAACCCCACCACCCCCUCGAGCGCCCCGAUAGUGGUCUCAACGCAAUCAAACGAUUCCGUGAACUCAAACUUCUCCACCUCUUUGGCUGCUCUCGAAAAUCACGUCAAAACAAUCAACUCCUCAGUCCCGCAGCCCAUGCCUUUCGGACCCUUUGGCCUCGGGUUAUAUAAUUUGAGUCAAUUUCAGCGAAUAGAGUCGGAAAACAAUGUCCGUCUGCCGACCCCAUCAAACGCCGCCGAUUUGUCGGUCCACCGAAAAUCGGACGACAAGUGUUCGCCGAAUGUGCGGUCAUUCUCUCCCUCAUCGCUGAACAGUAAAAUCACUUCUGAGAUAUCGGCCGAUGAGAGGUCCACACCAGACAGCUCUUUGGGAACAAUGGACAGGUCGUCGCCGCCCACGACCCCCACCGGCGGAGCGCUAGACUUAACCCCUAAAUCUAAUAACAACGGCAACCAGUCGUCGGCCUCUCAGGACAACCCCAUGGGAUCACUGCCUCAAACCCCUAAUAUGGAGAACCGAUUCUUUCCGCCGCCGUUCGCUGGCCUCCAGUUCCCGACGGGUCGGCCGAACACGACGUGCAGAAUAUGUCUGAAGACAUUCGCCUGUUAUUCGGCGCUUGAAAUCCAUUACAGAAGUCAUACAAAAGAGCGUCCGUUUAAGUGUGACUAUUGUGACCGCGGAUUCUCCACCAAAGGCAAUAUGAAACAGCAUAUGCUUACUCACAAAAUUAGAGACCUGCCCCCUGACCUCUACACACACACCACCACCACCACUACCCCCAUGAAUAACCAACCCUCUGCUUCGAAUCCAGGAUCAAACACUAGUGACACAAGUCCUGCGGCUAAUAACGGCAACAACACUCCGAUCGCCAACAUGUCGACCAACUCUAAUAACAGCAGCGGGACCUCCAAUAGCCCGACGCCCAACGGAAACGGCACAUCCAAUUCCAGUGAGAAGAGGAGUUCGCCCAUAGAUCAGUCCUUGUCUUCAAAAUAUAAUCCCAAACAUGUGUGUCGAGUGUGCAAUAAACCAUUCUCUAGUGGUUCCGCACUUCAGAUACAUAUGCGGACGCAUACGGGCGACAAACCCUUCAAAUGUCAAAUUUGUGGCCGAGCUUUCACCACCAAGGGCAAUUUGAAGACUAAUUGUUUCAAGUGA